AUGUGUUUGCUCAAGCUCCGAGCAGCAAUCGAUGGAUUGGAGAACAGGCAGCGAACAGUCUUUGAUCUCACAUCGCAUUGCGCAUCGCUCCUCCAGAUCUGUCGCAACGCCAAGGCGGCGGCAUCGGAAGGACAGCGCCUUCACGCAGUCCUUGCUCGCUAUGGGGUCGAUCGAUCCACCUUCCUGGGCAAUCUCAUCGUCCAGAUGUAUGGCAACUCUAGGAACCUGGCGGAGGCGUGCGCGGCAUUCGCCCAAAUCGCGCAGCGCAACGAGUUCUCGUGGAACUCGCUGCUGCUGGCAUUUGUGCAGAGCGGGCGUCUGGACGAUGCCAUGAAAUCGUUCGAUCGGAUGCCGCAGUGGGAUGAAGUUUCAUACAACACGAUGGUUUCUGCGUACUGCCAGAUCGGACACUUGCAUCUCGCAAAGGAGAUGUUCGAUUCCAUGUCCUGCCCAGGAGUUGUGACAUGGACCACCAUGCUCUCAGCAUAUGCCCAGAACGGGCAUCUUGGCGAAGCAAGAGAGCUCUUCCUCGCCAUGCCCGAGAAGAACACCGUGACUUGGAACACCAUGAUCCAGGCCAAUCUCCGCGAGGGAUUCGUCGAAGAUGCCUGGUGCCUCUUCUCGGUGAUGCCCUCCCGGGACGUUGUCUCUUGGAACAUCGUCGUCACUGGGCUCACCCAGAUCGGCGAGCACGCCGACGCCCACCUCGUCCUCGCCAAGAUCCCCGCUCGGAGCAUCUUCACCUGGAACGCGAUGCUGUGCGCCAGCGUACACGAUGGGCACCUCUCCACCGCGAGGAUAAUCUUCCGCGAGAUGCCCGAGAGGAACACGAUCUCCUGGAACGCGAUCAUCACUGGGCUCGCGCACAAUGGCCAGCCGCAAGAGGCCCAGGCUGCGUUUGAGGAGAUGGAGAAGAGGGACGUGAUCUCCUGGACGUCGCUCGUCGCCGCCUACGCACAGAUCGAGCGCCUGGAUCGCGCGCGCGCGCUGUUUGAUCGGAUGCCCGAGCAGGACGUUGUGGCCGGGAAUGCGCUGCUUAUGGGAUACGGGCGAGCCCGGCUGGUAGGCGAGGCUUGGGAGAUCUUUAGCGCCACCCCUGCUCGAGUGAGCCUCACUUGGAACCUCAUGCUCCAGGCUAUGGCGGACAGCCGCUGCCACUGCGAGGACGCGCGAGAGCUCUUCGAGAAGAUGGCCCGGCACAACAUCGUUUCAUGGACAACAAUGCUUAGCUGCUACGCAGAGGGCGGUCAGGAUCAAUCGGCCAAAGAGAUCUUCGACGCGAUGCCUCAGAGGAAUCUGGUUUCAUGGAGCGCCAUGCUGCGUGGAUUUAUCCAGAAUGGUCAUCUUGACAAUGCCGUGAGAAUUUUCUACAAGUCUCCAGCGAGGGAUCUAGUCGCGUGGACGCUUCUUGUGAGCGCUUUUGCGGAGCGAAACGAAGUAGAAAAGGCGAAAAGUUGGUUCAAAGAUAUGCCACAAAAGGAUCUAAUUGCCUGGACCGCGAUGCUCACAGCAUUUGCCGUGAAUGGGGAUUUGGAUCGCGCCUGGAAUGUGUUCCACAGGCUUCCAGCGAGGAACACGGUCGCCUGGAACGCCAUGAUCGCGGCUUGCGGCCAGAACAACCAGGGAUCACGGAGCUUGACACUGCUGGGCUUGAUGGACGUGGAAGGGAUCCAUCCCAGCGCGACGACUUUCAUCAGCGUGGCGGACGCUUGCACGAGCCUGACGGCGCUCAAGGAAGGCCGGCUUGUCCACCAGGAGAUCACGCUCGCCAGCGGCGAUCUCAGCUCCUCCGAGUCUCUCGGAAUCGGCAACGCGCUGGUUAGCAUGUAUGGCAAGUGUGGCAAGCUCGACGAGGCGCGAGAGGUGUUCGCGGGGAUGAUCCAGAGGAGCGAUAUCACCUGGAACGCGAUCAUCGCCGCGCACACCCAGAACCACUGCAAUCUCGGCGACGUCGCGGAGCUCCUGGAGUUGAUGCUUCUCGACGGCGUGGCGGUGGACGAGAUCACGUCCGUGAGCGUGCUCACCGUGUGUAGCCAGGCAGGGCUUCUCCUCCACGCCAGGGAGUUCUUCCACUCGAUGAGCCGCGAGUUCUCCAGCGCUCCAGGGGCGGAUCACUACGCUUGCAUGAUCGAUCUCCUCGCGCGGGUUGGCGAGCUGGAGCAGUGCAUGAAGCUGAUCUGCGCCAUGCCUUUCCAGGCGGAUGGGAUCUCGUGGAUGAGCCUCCUGGGCGCUUGCAAGGGAUUGGGCGAUCUCGAGCGAGCAUUAGUGGCGGCGGAGAUGGCCGUGCGCUUGAAUCCCGAGAACUCGGCGGCUUACAUUCUCUUCUCCAACAUUCUAGAGAAGGACAAAGGAUGA